CUGAAAACAAUAGGAAUUUACAGAGGGAUCAUUCUGGGAUUGCUAUUAGGAAGAUCUUAACAAUCAUAGUGAAGUUACAACAGAUGGAACUACCUGAAGAAGAGAUGGGCUGCCUGGACCCUGUUGCGGAAGCUACAAAAGGACUCCUGCACCCAGAGAGAAGCUGGAUGGGGAGACCUAGGUGCCAAGGACCAGAUCAGCCUCCCAAACCAGAGCUGCAGGAACUGGGUCCCCUCAAUGGUGACACAGCCACAACUGUCCAUCUCUGUACAUCUGAGGAGGCUGGGCAGCACCAGAAGGCUCUCACCAGAAUUCUCCAGCAACACGAAGAGGACAAGAAGAAAUGGGCACAGAAGGUGGAGAAGGAGAGGGAACUAGAGCUUGGAGAGAAACUGAAUGAACAGCGAAGAGUCCUGGAGGGAGAGCACGCGGAGGCCCUGAGAGUCCUCCAGGCCUCCCAUGAGCAGGAUAAAGAAGCCCUUACCCGCUCCUUCCAGGAGGCCAAGGCAGCCCUGCAGGAGACCACGGACAGACUGACCGCACAGCUGGAGGCCUUCCAGGCCAAGGUGAAGAGGGUAGAGGAGUCCAUCCUAAGCCAGGACUACAAGAAGCACAUCCAGGAGUACGGGAGCCCCAGCCAGUUCUGGGAGCAGGAGCUGGAGAGCUUACACUUUGUCAUCGAGAUGAAGAACGAGCGAAUCCACGAGCUAGACAAGCGGCUCAUCCUCAUGGAGACAGUGAAAGAAAAAAACCUGCUGUUGGAGGAGAAAAUCACCACCCUGCAGCAGGAGAACGAGGACCUCCAUGCCCGAGGCCGCAACCAGAUGGCUGUGUCCAGGCAGCUCUCUGAGGACCUGCUUCUCGCCCGAGAGGCCCUGGAGAAGGAGUCGCAGUUGCGCCGGCAGCUCCAGCAGGAGAAGGAGCAGCUGCUGUACCGGGUCCUCGGGGCCGACGCCUCCCCCGCCUUCCCGCUGGCCUCUCUCACCCCCACUGAGGUCUCCUACCUCGCCACAUAGCGCCUGGACCGCCGGGAUGCUGUGGUCACAGCUUUCUCUCGAGGACUUGGCAGAGAAAACAGCAGGGGCCUCUUGUCCCUAGGAGGGGACAAGGGUGAGAGUGAGAUGGGGAGCCAGGAUGUGCAGCCAGUCAGCCCUGGGGGCUUGGGCCACGUACACUCACCCUCGGGGCUUCGGAGGCCCCUCAAGUUGGCGCAGCGGACAAGGAAGAAGAGCCCUUUCCUCCCUCCCCUUCUGUCUGUUCAGAUCGGGGGGUUCUGAGGCUUUCCCCAGGGGCAGCCAUGCCAUAUUGGUCAUCUGACCAAGAGGAGACAACCCACUGGUCCUCACUUCCCGCAGCCAUCCCCCCAAGCCCCACUCCCACCCCGGUCUUUUCUCAGCCGCAGAACCGGUUGGGGGAACUGAACAGAAGGCCCUAGUGUCCCAUUCUAGGCUUGUCUGAAGUUUAGACUAGGGGCUGGGGGGCAGGGGAGGACAGGGGCCACAUGCUGUGAAUCAAACUGGGGCGGGUGAGUGGCUGGGAGGGGGGCACUGGAGGCCCUGCCGACUGGGCAGUGAAUCGGGCAUGGCACCGGUCCCAGGCCCAGAAUCCGGUCAGUCUAGGGGUUACCGGCAGAGCUGCUGCUCCUGGACCGGGCAAGGCUCACUGCCCUGCACUCCCGGUCCCUCGGCCUCAGUGCCAUCAGGACACGGGGGCCACCUAGUGGAUCUAAGUACCCUCGACAGCCAGAGCUGGUACCUCAUCCCUGUACUGAUGAGGAAACCAAGGCGGGGAGUGGGACCCGCAGAGCCAGGACUAGGGCCUCACCUGUCAUCCAGGUUUCACCUUAUCAUACUUUUUCUUCCUCCCCAGGCUCUGGGAGGUCACGUCUGAGACUUGGUCUUUCUCCUCCUUGCUCUGACUGCCCCCCACCCUUACCAGUGCUCUCUUUCAUUCCUGCUCUCCACUUAAUUCCUUCUACCACCCCUGACCCCAGGCCCACGGAUCCUGGCCCUCAGCCUUCCCGUCAGUGCAAAGGGGUGGCUCAAAUAACUAACCCCAGCAGGCCUGUCCAAUCCUGACUGUGGAUUCAAGAUUCUUCUCAGGAAGUGUUGGGUCAUCUGGAACCAAUAACAAUCCCACCCCUGUUAUAAGCAUUUUAAUUAAAUGCUUUCAUACACACCUCUCUCCUUGAUUUGCAGAAGAUCCUCAAAGCAGGUUCUUACCCAGCUUUAGCAGAGAGCAAACUGAGAUCACAGGAGCCAAUGGGCCAUGCCUGGGGUCCCCCAGCCCCCCGGACCAUCACGUAGGAAAAGUCAACUCACAGGAACUGAGGUUUCCUCUGUCAUCCCAGACUGCCUUCUUCAUUCCCCCAGAUGUGGGCUUCAUCCAUUUCUAGUUCUAGGGGUUCAGAUGUGACUCUGUUUCUUCAGCCCUGGGCAAACAGGUUUUCCAGGCGCCUUGGGGACAGCUCUGGAGUGAAACACACACAUACUUCUUCCUAUAACUUUUCCCAAAGCCUGACUAGGAUAGGCUAGUUCAUUGGACGUUAAUGGUCACAACCAAGAAAAGAAUGGGUAGCCAAGUAAUUUGGGAAACUCUAGGUUCACUCAAGUUAAACAGCUCUGCAAACCGCAGGAUUUCUCAGAGCCUUUAAGAUGCUAACAUGCACUGCAAACUCCCAAGGAGGAAGCAAAGCGUCCAGCAUCUCCUAAACAAGUUUCUCCCCCAACCUGAGCACUUCAGGCUGCAGAAUGCACUUUAGAAAACAUCGUUCUAAUUGAGAGAGCUGAGGGCUGGAAAAGGGGCAGGUUGUGGGAAGUGGGGUUUCCCUCAUGCAGCCCGUGGUGGUUGUGAGGAGGUGAACUGAGGUCCUACCCUCACCCUGGGGCAGGCAAGCUAUGGAAACUAAAAAACACGUGAUAGGGCUUCCCUGGUGGCCCAGUGGUUGAGAGUCCGCCUGCCGAUCCAGGGGACACAGGUUCAUGCCCCGGUCCAGGAAGAUCCCACAUGCCACGGACCGGCUGGGCCCUUGAGCCAUGGCCGCUGAGCCUGCGCGUCCGGAGCCUGUGCUCCGCAAUGGGAGAGGCCACGACAGUGAGAGGCCCACGUACCACAAAAAAACAAAAAAAACCACGUGAUACUGCCUUGAUUUGGCCCCUGUUUUUCUGGGAGAGGGUGGAGGUGGGUCCUUACUCAAGGCCUCUGCUAGGGGCAGGGAUCCUUGAGGAGUAAGUCCUGGGGCCUGGGGGGACUCACCAGAAGUUCUGGGCUCCUCCUCAGGUACUGGGGCCCCACGGGCCCUGGCUUUGCUCAGGCUUGGCAUAAAGGCUGGCUGUCAGAAUAGGGUGAGGCCUGGAGUGAGGCCACGAGGCUGAAACAAGAGGUGAAAGCAGUGAUGGGCUGGCAGAGUGUAGGGGGUGAACGUGAAGGUUCUUUCUGCUCUGCAAGG